AUGAACUCCACCUUGCCAUCUAUCUCCUUCCAAUACCCCUGUUUCAAGAUCCAACCAGCUCAGCCAAGCCUCAGGCCUCCUCGGCAACAGAGCACAAGGAAACCAGGACUGUCUCUAAAGCUUAUAUGCGCAGCAAUAGGACCAGACGCCAAUGGCAGACUCCACAAUGCUGACCGCAGAGGUGCCAUCUUACCAUCUUCGCCCCUGUCAGAUGUAGUUCAGGAGUUUUACUCCUCCCUUAAUGAAAAGAACAGCAAACGACUCGAUAAGUUGAUGGCCCCUGAUUGCAUCGUCGAGGAUACCGCUUAUUAUAAGCCACUGGAUGCCAAGGUUAAUUUCUCAUCUGCUUCAGCAUUUCACAGUCCAGUUACAUCUACAUGUUACAUUGGAGCAUCAGGCUUCCCAGAAUGGAAUGGAUACAUCAUCCCCUUUACCAAGGGCUGCAGCUUCUACAUAUGCUCAGCAAAUGGAGCGGUGCUUCUUAUCAGGAAAAUUCACAUCUUCGAUGAGUCUCCACUGAAGCCGGGAAAGUGGGCAUUGGAAAUACUCAACAUUGUUACCAACUUAAUCAACAUGUUCCCCAAACUAGCUGAAGGUUUCCUCAAGGAUCCAGAAGCAGUAGUUCAACCAUUCAUAAAGCUCUACAAGUUUUAUGUGCAGCCUUUUAUCCCCCCCUUUCUUGCAUAUUAUACCCACUUCUGGACAUAUGUGGCUCGAGGAUUGACUAUGUUGCUACAUAUCUUGUAUAACCUAUAUAAACGGCUUAUGUAA